UAGCUGUUUUCGACAACAACCGUUGACAUGCCACUUUAUGCUAGGAUUAUUGGUGAAAUUUAUUAGACAGCAUUUAUUUCUUGAUUAACUUUUUUGGGGAAGAUAAUGAGCUUGGGCUCAUCAUACUAGUAAUACAUUGGGAUGAUUUAUUUACAAAUGUACUGGCAAUUUUGCUCGUGACAUGUAGGGCCUGAAUAUAUGUAGCCAUAUGAUUGGUUCAAGUACGUGACGCUGGCAUGAUGAUUUGGGUUUCUUGGUAACGGAAUUUCAACGCUGAGAGCUUGUAAUUUGAUAAUUUAAUAAUGAUUGUGAUAUUUGCCCCGCCUGGUGGCCUGGGCACUUAAAUGCUCUCCGACUACAUGAGACCGCUCAUUAUACUCUGUCGUCAGUAACGUGAAUCAACGAUAGGCCUAGGCAAGAAGAAGUAUCACUAAUUAUCUCUAGAAAAAAAACUGUAAACAGUAGUUUUUGACAUGGCAGCUGAACAUUUCACACUAUUUUGUCAGCUCAUUUCUUGGGCAACAAUUUUGGUUCUAACCGCCGAUGUACAGCAAGUUUUCAAUCACCAGUCAGGUUCAAUUUGGUGUACGAUUAUCGGUUCUGGCAUUAAUGAUACACAAAUCAGCCGAAAUCAUGCGAAAAAUCACAAGGAUUGUCACCUGUCGUGUGGGGCCGAUCCAGCGUGCGAGUCCACGAAUUACAUCCCAAGCAAGCGUCUGUGUGAGAUGAACGCUGCGUCGCACAGUGACUGCCCCCGUAGCUUCGUACAGAGGAAUGACGCAAUCUACACGCCCAAAUUCAAGACAGAUUGCAGACACUGCGUGCCGGCUUACUCCAACUUUGGAGAAUCUUCACAUCUUGAAGCGCAUUACGCUUUUGAGGGUAACUUGUUGGACUCAACUAGCGCUGGUAGGAAUGGCUUGGCAAGUGGCGAAGUUUUCUAUCCCAGAGGAGUAUGCGGGAGGGCUGCUUCGUUCAACGGUCACAGCAAAAUAGACGUCGAUGCUUUCCGUCAGUUUGCCUUGGGAUCUCGUUUCAGUGUCAGUGCUUGGUUCAAACGAACCAAUCCCGAUGGCUAUCAAGGAAUCGUCAAUGCUGGCUAUAGCGAGGAUGGCUCCUGGGAAGUCCGCAUGACAGACAGCGCAGGCGGGACAGGAAUCGGUGGCACAGUCAUCACCUCGCAUUAUGAAAAAGUAUGGCCUUACAAUGUCGUGAAAGUGAGUCUGAAUGACUGGCAUCACGUCAUCAUGACGUAUAACGGCUCCCAGCUACUGUUUUACGUGGACAAUGAACUGCAGACCGGUACGAGUGAUUGUUGUACAGGCGAGAUUUUGUCGAAAGAUAUCCCGGUGACCAUCGGGCAGGCAGGAAGGGGUCACGCGAUGGAGUAUUUCUUCGGCUUUAUUGAUGAGGUCAAGAUCUUUACCACUACCCUGUGCCCCGAGGAGGUUGACAAGAUGUUUCGUUUUCCUUGCACCUGUUAGGAUGCAAAUUUAGACUGUUGGAAAAGUUGUCGAUAUCAAACCGCUUAGGCCUACGGAUAAUGGAAUCAAUAAUGCUUAAGU